UCUCGCACGUGACCUUACCAGUUGACUCGAAACAGACUACACUACAGACACAAAGCAGAUACUGAAAAUUAUGGCGUCAGUUGGAGAUACUGCAGUUGGGCCAUCAAGAGAUGAUAUUAUUGCUACUGUAAAAUCACAACAUGGUGUUAUCUUCUCCAAACCUGCAGUUGUUUGCCGCGGUGUCUACUCGGGCCGAAAUCUCCUGGCACUCAACAGCCACUUCUCACCAGAAUUGACUGAUCAUCGUGGUUAUCUUCCAGUUGAAUGGUGGAUUAUGUCACAAACUCCUGCCCUGAAUCCGAUCCCUAAACCAGGAGAAGGCAUCACACAGCUCCAUCUCUUAGAUGGCACACAACUCACCCUCACAGAUGCCAUAUCUCUUGCAGGUGACGUUAUAAUGGGAGACUAUGCUACACUCUGGCCUUUGACUAAGGUUCUCGAUAUUGGAGGUCAGCCUGUUAAACCAAGCUUUUCAGACAAAGAGGAAGUGCCGCCGAUACCAUGUCAUGUCCAUGCUGGACAUGUGAAGGAUGGUUGCUGUUGCCCUCCAGGCAAAUUAGAGGCAUAUUUCAUACCCCCACUCAAUGUGCCACCUUAUAACAAGGACCUGGAAGGUGAGGUGGUCAUAAGAUAUGGACUAAAACAAUCAGUGGAACAAAACGAACUACUUGGAUGUCUGUCUCAGUUUGGAGAAAACGAUCGUAUAUACCAGUUGAUGAACGUUGAUUUUGUACGGCCAUUUGAAAGCUGGACAAUUCAACCAAAGAUGUUGCAUGCACCUGGACCCUGGCUGACAUUGGAAAUACAAACACCACAAGACGAUUUCAAUUUGUUAGGAUGGCAACUUGGCCAACGAUUUGACUCUGAUGAAGCUCGUCUUGCUGCUAAGAAAGACACUCAACUUCGUGGAUUAACUGAUGAAAAGGCACUUCUUGAUGAAGCAAUUGACUGGGAUGCCAAUAAAGACCCUGAUUUUAAAAAGAAAUGGCACACCAAGUGUGACAUAUUGGAAGAAGGAGAAUGGGGAAAGAAGGUGCAAUUGUUUUACCACAAAUUUUAUGGCGAAGGUUUCAUUGUCAAUUCUGGACACAAAUAUGUAAGUGCAGAAGACAGCCGUCCUCGUGCUGGUGUCGUAUGGAGUGGAGAAGGCACGAUCAAUAUGAAACACAUCAGUCAUAACGAUUGGAAUUCUCGAGAGUUUCUACUGACACCCAAUCAUGAAAUGACUAUCGACAAUAGCUCUGGUUCAAUUCCAUUGAUGGUAUUUACCAUCUUUCCUAUGUUACCAUGAACCUUAUGGCUUAGACAAACUAUUGACUCGUGUUUGUUUACUGAACAAGUUUGCAUGGAAUUGGUUGAUUACAACUUCUAGUUUUCACAACACAAUUGUAUGAGGCAAAGCAUGACAAGGUCACUGCACAGCAAAGUUGCUUUAGACCUAGCAACAUUUGCCCAACUCAAGUGGUCGUAGCAAGCUCAC